UAUAAUUGAGUCAUUUACCUGUAGAUGUGAUGCAUUUCACACUAUGAUGAGAUGAUCCAUAAUGCAAUAUAGGAUCUUGUGGGAUCUGCUGAAACACAUGUCGAGAGCGAUUUGACAAAAGCCAUUAUAAUGUUGGGGGGGGGGAUUUUGCCGGAGCUGUUGUCCUGAAACUGUGUGGAUGUACAGGUGUGAUACUACAGGUGUGAUAGUUUUGUUGAGGUGGAUUUACAAAGAACUGAGCCAAAGAGAUCAUUGAGCCGAAGCAAACAAGAAUGCUUUUAUGAUGAUCCGAAGCUUUCGGUUGGAUACUGUAAAGGUAAUCAUUCAGGAAUGUUGUGGGAUGUUUCUGUCUAUGUGACGUAAUGUUUGUAAACCGAAACAGAUUUCCCAGUGUUAUUAAGAUAGCGAAACACACACAUGUAUUUAGAUAUUUAUCAGAUUCCUUUUAAGUGAUUUAAAUAAGUGUAGCAGAAACUUUAACGCAGGGUGUUAAACCAUACGUCAUAAUAAACAGAGACAAACAAACAGCCAGACUGAUUGUGUUACAGAUGUGUCAUGUGACAAACACUUCCUUAUUUUGAACUCUCUCUCUCUCAAUAGCUUCAUUAGCAUGAUUAAAGAAAUAUUUACAUUGUUUAAUAGUACAUUUACAUAUAAAUAUAACUGUUUUAAUAUAUAAAUGUAUAGCAAUUUGAUAUAUCUUAUAAAAAUCUGACUUUUUGACUGUCUGCAUGCCUCUGCAGUGUAGUCUGUACAUCUCUCUGUGUCUCUCUCUCUCUCUCUCUCUCUUGUCUCCUCCCCUUGUGUCCGUUUUAUUGCUGACAGACAGUGCUAAAGAGGAAACACUUGUGGUGAGGACUCUCUCUUAAGUUUAUUCAUUCUGCUUUGAGGCUUUUAUCGAUAAACUGUUAUCAGAUCAGUUUAAUCUGUCUGUGUCAGGACUUUUGAUCGCUCAUGCAGUGAACAGGUUAGAUACAAAUAGCUUUGUUUGUUUUUCUGUUUUGUAUUUGAUUGGCCAGUAGGGGAUUUUAUUCACUUUCAUUUGAGUUUCGGUUUACUGUAGGAGAAUAGAAAAGGCUUUUGUUUUCCCUGUGAGUGCGUCUGAACUCAGUGUAGUUUAAUGUUUGCGACAUUUAAUGUCGACUGCAUGCAGUAAGCUCCUACAGAUCAUUCAGAUCAGGGAUGAAGUUCCUGUUUUAAAUCAGUCUGGAUUCAUACGGCAGGCACCAUGAGGACCUCUGUCUGUUUUCUGCUUCUUGGGAUCUUAGUGCUGCUUGCAGCCAGGAACGGAAACGCAGUUAAAAACUUCACGGGUGUUUUGGGUCAAAACAUCACAUUACAAUGUCCUAGAACCAAGACCACUGAUGUCACACGAUUGUACAUACAGAAAGGGGAUGGAGCCAAUCCAGUAUUCAUCAAUGGUUUUUAUACAGGGAGAGAGCUACCAGUGGAACUAAAGUACAAAUACAGGACCUUCGUCAACCGAAAGGACCUCAGCAUGGAAAUGACAAACCUCUCAUUUUCUGAUGAAGGAUUGUACAAAUGCAUUGUUUUUUACACCUCACAAGAUAGAGAAGAAUUCAAAUUGCUUCUCAAAGUCACAGCCGAGUACAACGUUCCCAAUCUGACGGUCGAAAAGUGCGACGAACACAACCCUGUGACCGGCGAGAAGAGAUGUACCUUGACCUGUUCGUCAACAGGUGGUUACCCUCAGAGUAAAGUGACGUGGCCGGAGCUUAAUUUAAGCUUGAUAAGUUACGUCCACAACAACAGUUUUCAGGAUCCAACUUCCAAAACAUGGACCAUUAUUCAAACCAUCUCAUACCCCUGCAACAAACCAACAAACAUCAGCUGUUCAGUAGACACAUCUGUUUCCAACAUUGUCAGCAUCUGUGUAAAUGGACCCGAUGAUGAAAAGUUUCCUCUGGAUGCAGCUGUGAUUUCAGCAAUCGUUGUCGUGUUGCUGAUUAUUUUUAUUUUAUUAGCUGUUUACAUUAUAAAAAGAUGGCGAGCCAGGAGACGUCUCCCACCAGAUGAUCCCGAUCUUGGACUUCCAUUAGAUGACUGCCAUUCGCAACCACAGGAGAGCUGAGGGGUGAGAUUCACAUUGAGACGUUUCUGAGGAUCAUCUGCGUACGCAGACGGGCCUGCAGCAUCGGACGGACCUUUGACCCUUGACGGUCAUCGUGAAGGAAGCUCGUCCGACUGAACGCUAUGUAUUUAAAGUGACUUUACAACAGGCUGCUUUAAGAGCUGUUUGACCACAGGUCACUUGAACAGAAUAACGCUGAACGCAUGUUACCUUUUAUAACACCGUUAUUUAUGUGGCAUAGCCGAUCAUUAAGGAGCAGCUCAGGGUUUAUUUUUGUUAAAUAAAAAAAGGAUUUAUAGCGGUGCACUGAAUGUUUAAUUGUAUUGAAUGUAACCCAGAUAAAUCCUAUAAAACACAAAUGUAUAGAUCUUGUGAAACAAUUGCAGUAUUUAAAAUGUCCAGAAAAAGCUUUAACCCUUUCCUAAGGGCUAACGGAAAUAAAUAGCCUGAUCAUUCUGGAUCAAUAUGUCUGAUGCAGUGCAUAUUAAAAUGUUUUAUGUUAAAAUAACUCAGACUUUUCUCUAACUCGAUUGAAUUGGCGAAUGUUGUUCAUGCUGAAGGGACAUUUCAUUUGCUUUUUUUUUAAAAGCUCUAGUUCUCAAAGAAGUUUAUUUUUAUACCAUAGAAAUAUGAGGACAUACAGCGAUUGCUACUGUGUUGUUUUCUUCUGUACGUUUACUUUUAUCGCUAUAGAUUAAAGCCUAAAUGUGUCUCUCUUUUAAACCAUUACUGACAUGAACUCUUCUAGCAUUUUAGAUUAUUUUGACCUGGUUUCACAGAUUAGCCAGGAUUAGGUCUUAGUUAAGUUAGGAUAUUUAAGUAGCUUUUAUAAAUAUGACUUACUGUUGUGCAUGUUGAGACAAAGCAAUGGCGCAGAUAUAUUUACAGAUAUGUCAGGGUAAGUUGUUCUCAGUUAAGACAUGCAUUUUAGUCUGCGACUAUCUGUUCUCAGGUUGAGCGUAAUAGAAAGUGUCAAUUUCUAUUCAAAAGAAAACCAUUUCCUACUGGAAAUAUCUUAAUGCACUUUGCUUUCUGACCUCUGACUUUGUAAUUUAUUAAAAAAUAACUUAUUUCUGUGUUUUUAGCUGAAAUAAAAAACUAAUUCAAAUGCA